AUGCAGCUCUCACCGCUCAGCGUGGUGUUAGGUGAGGUUUUUUUUUCUUUUUUUCAUUGUUACAACAAUUUAUCUUCAAAUUUCUUUAUUUCAGCUGUUUUUACACUUUAGUCACCUUUUAACUCGCUCCUAUCAGCCCUUCUGAUUUUACGAUUUCACCACAUCUUCCCUUCUUCUCCAGUCAGAUCUUUCUCACUGUCUUUCAUUUAUUCAAAUUUCUGUUGAUUUCUUUUUUUCCUCUUUUAAUCCUUUUUUUCUUUUGGCCAUACUCUUGUAACAUUCAGGUUUCCUUCCUGCCAUCCUCUCCCUCCCUCCCACUCGAGCAGCCUGUCUACGGGUCAGUCCUGACAGGUCUCAGUUCUUCAAGUACGACUCUAUCUCUCUGAGCUGUGAGGACCAGUUUAACUUCACCGGUUGGAUAGUAAAGAGGAAUACCUCCAAGGGCGGGGUCACAACCUGCUCUUUCGGCUGGGGCUCCAACCCCAUGAGCUCCACCUGCCUCAUCAGGAACAUCUACCCUUCAGACAGCGGCGUGUACUGGUGCGAGUCUGGAGACGGGACGAGGAGCAACGUGGUCAACCUCACCAUCAUCGGUAACACACACAACAAUCAGUUCAACCACAGAGUUCUGAUCAGAAAUGAUGAUUUUAAAGAAAGUUAACGAGGACUAAAGUCCACGUGGCAACAGUGGAAGAGGAUGAGUUCAACUUUAUCCUCCGUAGAUCCCAACGAUCGCCCGGUGAUCCUGGAGAGCCCCGUCCUUCCUGUACCCGAGGGCGCUUCUGUCACUCUGGGCUGCAUGAUGACAGCAAACUCCUCCAGCCAAAACUUUGAAUUCUUCAAAGAUGGCUGCUCCAUCGGCAGCAGCUCCGAAGGAAAGACGACCCUUUACAGCGUUUCUAAAUCUGAUGAAGGACUGUACACCUGCAGAGUCUCAGGAGGCGGAGAAUCAGUGGGCAGCUUGCUCGCCGUUGAAGGUGAGAUCAGCAGAUUUACUUUAUAAUAGGUCAGUAUUUCAGGUCCUCAAAUUUACCCAACAUGCAUCUCUGAAAACCAACAUUGAUAUCUCUCUGGGUAGUUUCUCAGAAGCCAUGAAAUGCAUCAUUUUACAGGUUUGCAGUCCGCCAGUACAGUUGAUUUUCACUUAAGCUCCACCCUGACAAGGAAAGUCGUCACCCAAGCUUCAGGACUUGGGGUGGCCCCUGAGAUCUAACUGGGGUCCCUGUUUGUAACUGGCUCUUGUUUUGUCCUUUAAAACUUUUUAUUGCGGUUUGUUGAAAAGAAAAAGGAAAAAAAAAGAAAAUUAUGUGUUUUUCUUUUCAGCCAGAAAUAUAUCAGGCCACGAGAAAACAAACAAAACAGAAGGUAUACGUCACAGUAUUUCUUCCACAGUCUGGUUCUAUCUUCAUAUUUUACAGAUAGUUUCUCAUGAAAUGUGACAAAUUCAUUAUUUUAUCCCCCGUGGUAUUUUAUCCCCUUCCUCUCCUUUUUCAGGAUCUCCUCCACUUUCCACUCCUCCACCAGAUCAGGCUUCAUCUUCAGUGUCCGUCUCUAGACUGGUGUGUCAGCUGGUGGUGGGAACUCCUUACCUGCUUACCACCAUCUUACUGGGACUCAUUUGCAAAGACAGGAGAGGUGAGCAUCUGUCCUCAGAGAUGUUUCCGCUAUUUCUGAUAAACUUUGGUUCCUGACAGAAGGUUCGAGAAUCAGGAGGUUUCAGGGUAAACGUCCUGUUUGACUAAUCCUGUCCUGUCGCUCAAACAACCUACUGAACCAUCAGGAAAUAUUUUGUAAAUAAAAAGAUAUAAGAAUAAAAUCUUAUCUAAAAGAUAUCAAGCAUUUUUUUAGUAACUGGUCGUUUUCGAUGCAGAAAUACAACGUGGCGUCAUCUGCAUAACCGACAAAGAUGUUUACUGGGACUUUCUGAUGAAUUCAUUAAAAAAAUUCUCAUUUAUUUCUGUAAACUUCUGCAAACAUCUAAACUUAGAGACUCCACCACUGAUUGGGACUUUUUUUUCCACAGUGGCUCGAAAAGCUGAAGCUAGAAGAGGCAGCAAAGAUGUCAUCAUGGAGAUCAUACAAUAGCUCUACGGGCUGAGAGGAUCUACAUACAUGUGAUCCAGAACCAGAGGAGGGUUCUGGUUAUCCAGUUUACUGCCAGUACCCACUGCAGUGGUGACCUGCUGGACUACCGACAGGAAACUGUUGGCUUGAGGUGAAAUUCAAUUCAAGCAGAGUAUGAAGACCGAACCAAAAGAUGAUCACAGUCAAAUCGAGUCAGAAUUCGAUCGUAAUGUUUGUUUUUUUCUGAUGUUGUUGCUUCACAAUUAUCAGUGAUCAGCUAUUUUAUUUCAUGACCAUCACUAUAAGCGUCAUAGAAACCAGCACUAAAGACAGAAACUGUGUUUUUGAGGCAUUUAUCCGACCGGUAUUUUGAUUCCACGGUUCGACCCAUGUCCCAUCUGUUUACAGUGGGGCAAAAAAGUAUUUGGCAGCCACUGAUUCUGCAAUUUGUUCCACUUAAAAAGACAAGAGAGGCCUGUCAUGUUCGUGAUAGGUACACUUCAACUGUGAGAGACACAAACACAUCUGAUCAAUCACAAAAGUUCACCUCAAUACUUUGUAAUGUAUCCCUGGUUGGCAAUGACAGAUCAGAUGUUUCCUGUAGGUCUUCACCAGGUUUGCACACUCCAGAACCUUGAAACGCUUUUUACGUAGCCACUCCUUUGUUGCUUGAGUGGUGUGUUUGGGAUCAUUGUCAUGCUUACAGAUCCAGCCACGUUUCAUUCUCAAUUCUCUCACUGAUGGAAGGAGGUGUUUGCCCAAAAUCUCACGAUACACGGCCCCAUUCAUCCUUUCCUUUAUUAUGGAUCAGUUGUCCUGUUCACUUUGCAGAAAAGCAGCCCUAAAGCAUAAUGUUUCCACCCCCAUGCUUCAUAGUGGGUGUGGUGUUUUUGGGAUGCAACUCAGCAUUAUUGCCCCACCAAACACAGCGAGAAGCAUUUAAACCAGACUUCCAUUUUGGUCUCAUCUGACCACAUGACAUUCUCCCAGUCCUCCUCUGGGGGGGGGGUCCAAACGUUUCGGGGAGCCGUCCUCGUGUCCAUCAUUUUUACAGUAUCAGACUAACUCAGCAGAGGGUACAGAGGAAGUGAGGGUGUUCAUGAGCAUCUGUUCUGUGGUUUUGUUGUCUUUGGGCUGCCGUUAUGUGAGGUGUGAAGUCUGUUUACCUUGACAGUUUACCUCAAACAGAAACUCAUCACAUCAUUCACCAUCAUGAACAAACCUGAAUGCUCCUGGUGAAUUAUUCGCAGCGUAUGAUUCAGCAUCUACAGUAUCAUCACGAACUUCAGCGAAGAAAUAUCAGAACGAAUAAAUAUAUUUGACACGUAUCCUUUUGUAGUUUAAUUCUCUUCUUAAAUUCAGGAGCAAAUGUUUUAAAAAGUCAGAAAAUAGGAACUGGAAAAUCUGUGUUGGUCAGUAAUUUCCUAAGUCAGCCUCCUCUGCCUGUCUAAAUGUUGUCUUGUGGUGAGAAAUUUAAACUAGGUGACACGUUUCCAAGAAAUAGCACCAUAAAGAGGAUGCUGAGCUACUUUCACACCCACGCUAACCAACUUCACUGCAGCACAUCAGUCCGAUUUCAACCGAGAAUGUUGUAUAGUCACUGAAAAUGUUUGAAAAAGCCGUGCAAACAGGAAAGAAGUAGGUUUGACACAUUUAAUGACAUUUUGGCCCGUGUGUUUUUUACAAUUUGUCAUAAAGUUCUCGAACAGCAGAAUUCAGUGAGUACAGUCCUUUACUAAAAAGUUUCCCAGUGGCUCAUUUCUUUCAUAUUUUCAAGCUCCUCUGUUUUAAUCACAAUACGGGUUAGCGAGUUUAAAAGUCAGUUUUUAAGUGUGGAAUCAUCUCUCGGAGAAAUGCUACAGCUAGCUCACUAGUAGCCGCCUCUUUUCCAGAUUUCUUCCUUUUAUUGUUCCUUCAGCAUAAGGGACCACCACUACAAACCCAUAGUUCGAGCACAAGUUUAUUUUUUAUUCAGUAUUCAACGACACCACAAACUGACGCAAACAAAAAUCUCCUCAAAGGAAGUUUAAUAGACGGGUUUCUUGUGAAGAAACAAUACUAGGUGUGCGCGCAACCAGGGGGCAAAAGCCUGCUUCAGAGUGAACUGAUAUCAAUGAAGAUGCCGUAGUGUUCUUCCUGACACAGUUGCAAUAAAAUGUAAUUUCAUUGAAAAAUCACUUUGUCUUUCAUUGCAUCAAAAUCAGAAAAACUGUUUGUUUUGCUGAUUCGUGCAGUUUACAGCACAACAGCCCCUCAUAAUUUUCUUUCUCUGUUGACUAGUAAACAAAUAAGAAAUGUCCCGCUUUCUGCCCCCUGGCUGCGCGCGCAUACCUGCGAUGACGUUGCACAGAAACCCGUCUAUAACGACACAAAGUUCAGGUGUUGAUGAUAUUGACAGAUUUAUUGAUGCAACAUCUGGUGACCUUUAAGGAUAUAAAAAAAUAAAUGAGUGAAAAUCAAAAUCUUUGAAUAUAAUUCUUGAACUUAAUUCCAUUAAGCCCUUUAAACUAAAAAAAAGCAGAUAAAUGAAAAAUAAAAAAGAGACAAUAAUUGGUCUGUUUAUAUUUACACUGGUAUAAAAACAUUUUGAAAGGCAAGACAAGGCAAGUUUAUUUACAAAGCCUAUUUCAGCAGCAAGGCAUGUCAUAGUUGAAUCCUGUUCUGGUUUUUCCUGAUUUUGUUGAUCCGAUGUGUUCACUGGUCUUUGUCCAUUAUUCUGAUAUUCCCGUUGUGACUUUCUGUUUGGUCUUGUAUUUGGUUUUUAGUGUUUCCCUCCUGUUCUCAGUGUUUUUAUUCUUUAGAUGAGUUUUCAGUGUUUCCUGUUUUAUUUUGUUGUAGUCAAUCCCUGUGUGUCUAGUCGAGUUUUACUUCCUGUGUUUUCCCUCCUCUGUGAUUGUCUUCACCUGUCUCUUGUUUCCCUGUUUUCCCCUCUUCAUUUGUUGGUUCAUUGUUUGAGUGUUUGUCAGUGUUAGUGUUCGUUUGUAUCCCCAGUUAGUCUCUUGGUUUUUUCCCCCAGCACCUUUUUAUUUCUUUGGAUUUUGCUCCUCAUGUUUUUGGAUUUUCCAUUGAAGUAAGUUUUUUUGUUUGUUUGUUUCACUUUCAGUCUUUAAUGACUAAAUCAUUUUUUCUUCUGCACGUGGGUCCUCACUUUUUGUUUUUGUGCUCCCUAUGUGACAAGGCUGUUCAAAGUGCCUCACAUAAGACAGAAAGAAAAUCCUUAAGUUAAAAAAAAGACAUUAAAAGACAAAAAGAUGACAAUUAAAAAUACAGUAAUCAAGUCAACCAAAAAUAAAUGAAUAAAAUGAAAUAACCCACUGAAUAUAACCUGACAAACUUUUAAAGUUGUAGAAAACAUUUAGAGGGUAAGAUGGCUGAAAUUUGCAAGAAAGUAAAAAAUAGUGUCAGGAUUUGUUAAAAAAAAAUCUCACAUUUGUAUAAUCCCAAACAUUCAGUGCUGUCAAUCACAGUAUUUCAGGCAGCAACAAAAAUCAGGACUUUUCAGUUUGAAAUAAUCCAGAAUAAUCUCUACAGGCCGAGUUGAACAUAUCCUGCUAAUAAUAAUUAUGUCUAUGAUUAUUUUAUGAUACCUGUUUUCUGAAACUUGUCCUCAGCUCUCUUUGUAUUAAUUCCUUCUUUUUGACUGUUAGUUUUAGAGUUUCCAAACAACCUGAUUUUAAAUAUCAGGACUGUGAAUUUUUUAUCAAACUAUUUUUUCACAUUUACCUAUAAAAAAGUGAUUUCAUCCAAAAGUUUACUACAAACAAACACAUAUCACUCAUCAGCAAACAAAACCAAUUUCAAUAUUUCUGAUACUCAGCACUUUUUUUGUGCACUGCUCUGUCAGUUCAAAUUUUUUAUUUUAAAAUAUAGUGGUGAAAAUUAGAAAUGUUUUUGUAUCCGAUUUAAUUGAAAAAAUAAUCUGAAAGCAAAUCUGAAUUAUGUCCAUUUUCUGAACCCUUGUACUGUCUGGUGUUAAUCUAGUCAGUUUGUACUGCAGAGAAAAACUUGUUUCUUUUUUUAUAUCAAUGUAGAAUCGUGAAGCUCUGAUGUAAACUUCACUGAAAAAAUGAGCUUCUAUUAUUGGCUCUGAAAACCGUUACUUUGUUGGUUUGUAGUUUUAACUGCAGAGUAAACUGACCAGUCUCUGAGCUGUCAUAAAGAUGGGUUUAAAUAUUUUGCAGAGAGAUUGGGCUGUGUCUUCUGUUCUUUUGUUUAACUGGAAACAAUGCUCUUGGCCAACUCCAAUAGUUACUGUCCGCCGGAGUGUUGCGAUUCUCUGGACCUCUUCCUGUUGGUAGAAAAGACGAGAAGAAUUUUCAAUGAAGGACCUGAAAUCCAGCAGAUAUAACUUUGACUGGUUUCACUGACCAAGUCAGUUUUCUAGCUGAGGCUAAUACUCCAAUGAUAAAUAUUCUUUUAAUUACUUGUUGGAGUUGUGGUUGGUAUCGUGGUCUAUGGUGGUUAGAAAUGUAAAACUGGCCCUGGGUCAGUUUGGUCAAAGGUGGCCAGUGAGACUUCAGGAGUGGCCUGAAGUCUGCUCAGACCCCCACUGCUCUGAAAGGGAAAAAUAGAGCAACAUCCUGUCCUACCCUCAGUUUGUCAUUUAACAGAAGUCUGCUCACCGUCUUCAUUUAGACUUUGAGCUGAUUCUUCCAUUGGGCUUUCCUCGUAACCACGCUGAUCUGCUGGGUCUGGUGGUUGAUCUCUUUGGUUUUGUCCUGAGACAGAAAAAGGGGAUUUAGUUUAAGCAACGUUUGUCUGAAAUGAUUAAAAUUAGACGACAAUGACAGGUACAUUUUCAACACUCAGACAAAGACUGUGUUUGUUCUUGAUUGGUUUGUUCAUAAAGUUCAAUUUUGUCUAAUAGAUUGGAUUCAAUCCUGAAAACUGCUGGAUGGAAUGAUGAUUCUGAUUCCAGGAGGAGGUCGGGUUGCAGUAACUGAAUAUCAGGAAACUUCUCUUUCCAACAAGAAUGUUGAUACUAGAGCCAUUUGUUUUUGUGUUUUGCACUCAGCUGUUGUAUUUCUACACUGACAUAGAAAGUCUUCUGCCAAAAAAGUUAUACUUUCACCUAAAUUUGAAACAACAGCUGUCAGUCUGAGACGAUUUUGGUGCAUCAAGGGUGUAAAGUAUGUCGUAAGAAGUCUGAUCUACGGCGCCGGUCAUCCAGACUCUGUUGUCUUUGCGAGUCUGAACUAGGGCAAAAUUAAUGUCAACUGGAUUAACCUGUUUUGGACGGAAAAAAAACAAUUACACAUUUGUGCCUGUCUCAACUCGCUCUUAUGGAAAACACCAAACUGUGAUAACAGUGAAAGCUGUGAGUCAGGUUGGAGUGUUUGAGAGAAGAAAACAGUUUCACUCUCUGGAAACAGGUGAAUCGAAAACAUGUCACCCCACUUUAAUGGAGGAAAGGCGUGGUCACAUGACAAGCACUUUGAUGCUGAUAAAUUAAUGUGCUUUGUGAGGUUGUUUUGACACAACUUUUACUUUUACUGGUGCAGUGAUUUAUGGUCCAAAGACAAAUACAGUCGACCUGGAGCAAAAAGAUUGAAUAUAUGUUAGACUUACUGGAUGGUUUACACUUGUAUACUCCAACGGCAACAACAACAACAGCAACAAUCACACCAGCAGUGAUGUAAAUCUGAAAGGCACAGAAGAAAGUUGUCAGUGUUUCUUCUUUAGAGGAUGUGGUCUUGACAGAGUCCCUCUAUGUUUCACACCAACUUCUCCUAUUGUCCUUUGGACUCUGAAAACUAUCUAUGAAGUAUAAAGGGGACGUAGAUGUCAUAUAAGAGUCUUAACACUUCGUGCUAAUGAACCACGUUCCCAUGGCAACUAUCUUCUUUAUCUCUCUCACUCAGGCGGUAAACUUGUGUGUCAUGAUGGUGUAUAAUGGCGGCUUUCCUGUGAUCAGUUCACAGCUCCUUGAUUGAGACGACUCCAGUCCAGUAAUUAUUAGUAAUUAUUAAACCAUGAUGCUGAUGUGAGGCUCAGACCCCAGCAGGUUCAUUAUUCAGUUUUUACCAGAUUCUCAACAGAAUUCAAAGCCCUGUUUUAGGAUGUACUGUGUUGGAACAGUGACUUUGAGGUCCAGACUCAGAGGAAGCCCAGGCUGAUGUUUGACUCUAAGAUCACUUGUUUGAAUCGUUUCAGGAUGUUGUGAAGACUGAACUUUGAUCAUCUUACCUUGGUCCGGUCUGGUUCCUGCUCCAGGGGUUCUUCUGGCUGAAGAAAUAGAAUAAAGUAUUUUAUUACAUGGUCAUGUUUGGACACAAAGAUUGAGCUUCUUCUUUCAUGACAGUUACAGUUCUGAUCGUAUUGAAAGUGUUUCCUCACCGUGACUCCUCUCUUCUCUGGUUGGCACUCAUUCUUCACCUCUGUUAAAAAGUGUGUCAGACAGUGAGCGUGUGAAUGUGUCAACAGUUAUUCAACAGCUUUUAACUCGGAUGUACUUACCAAGAUUAACUUCAAAGUCAAUAUCAAAAGGCUGGACUCUGCAGGUAUAAGUGCCACUAUCCUGCUCAUUCACGUUUUUUAGCUUCAGUGAAAGGUUUCCCCGUUCAAUUUCAUCUUCAAACAGAUCUGUUCUGCCUUUGUAGCGCUUGUCCUGAUUCUCCAGAUAAGACUUGUUAUAUCUAAACACAUGCACAGUCUUGUCACCGUGCUUCCACAUUACUAGUAUAUCACUUCUGUCCAGCUCGUGUUUCAGGUCCACUGGUAAAAUGGCUGUUUCUUUGACGUUGGCACAUACCACAGUAGGCUGUCCUGCAGAAAUAAGAAAUGUAUGCAUGAAGAUGUCACAGCACCAAUAAACACUGACAUAAUCAGCUGGUCUUCACUGAGAAAGUAUCCCAAACUUCUUUCAUUUGUGCAGAGGUCACAUGACUUCAUCAUAAACUAGUAGAACUUCCCCUAAACUAAAAGAAACUGACUGAAAAGAUCUUUAACCCUCGGUUCCUACUCUGUCCAUUUUGAGGACAUCUGUCUUUUUAUUUAUCUUUAUUUUAAGAUGACAGUCACACUUUUAAGGAUUGGAAAAUCUAAUUUGGUGAGAGUUCUUAUUUUUCUUCUUAUUAAAAAAAAAACGUCAAUGUCUCCUGUAGUUCUCCGUCAUUUUAGCUCCGCCCACCCUCCUUUGUCCAUAAAUCGGCCAAUAGACUUCCAUUAAAAAGUUUUUUUUUUUAGCAUGUGUUUACGGCUCCAUAACAACAUAUUACAACCUUUUUUCUGCAGUCAGUCGAUCAGCAGGGCUCUAAAUUUGACUUUCCCACAGUGAGACAACAGACUGAGACGCACAUCAUUUUAACCCCUUCAGUGCCGCAAACACAAGUCUUCAUUCAUGGACUGAGAGAGUCUGAAGAUUCAUCCACUAAACAUCCUCAGACAUGAAGGAAACUUUACAUGACACUAGAUAUGGAUGUCUAAGAGUGGGGUAUGUGUGGAAGGAAAAGUCUGUGUGCUCCUGCGUGUGUGCACGGGUGCAAAUCCCCAAAACAAGAGGGCGAUUUGGGUCUUUUCAGUCGCACUGUUUCCGACCCCAUCCAACCGUCAACAACAACAGCAGGUCGGUGUCAGACGUCAGAAGUGUCUACAACUGCUGCUGGACAUUUUGGAGAAACAAGAAGAUGGAGCAUCGUACAGCGUUGUUUUUGUCCGACAUGAUGGACGCGCUACUUUUUCUAAAGAGGAGACCAACGCUACUCCUCUACUCUGGGGGUUUGUUCCGGAGUUAUGGAGGCGUGGCGCACAUACAUUGUCCGAUCAUACUCCGACUACGCUGGUUACAUGGUAGAAAAAAUUGAAUUCCAAUCGUAUUAUCUGAAUGUCUUAAUCUGAGUUCUCUGACCCUGAUUAUAGUCGGACUAAGGUGUUUACAUGCUCUUCGUUUGUCCGGUCUUAAUCAGAAUAAGGCGAUAAUUUGGUUUUCUCCAGUGUCAUGGAAACAUACUGAGUGUCUCCAGUGUCUCCAUGUCCUUUUUUCCCCGGUGCCUUUGUUGGAUUUUGGAUUUUUGGCUCGUUUGGAUUUUGCCUCCUGUGUUUCUUGAGGUUUUUGAGUUGGACAUUAUAAACAAGUUUUUGUUGUUUUAGUUCCUUUUAAGUCUGUUUUCGUUCUGCGUUUUGGGUCCUUCUCUUUUUGAAACGUGACACACUGGGGCUGAGUACGAAGUCAGGUGCACGUAAAAAGAUUUAAGUUUGAUUAGUCUGGCUGAACUGUGUCGUUUUAGUUUAAUCAGUCUAAAACAUUAAAAACAGCUUUAACGACUGGUGGACAAUAUUCAUCAUUUUCACAGUAAUCACAUUUCUUUGGUAUAAAAUUAUAAAUACACAUAAACAUUUAAAAAAAGAGCACAAAUAAGAUGCUGUUACCGAGACCAAUCCGGAAAAAGGAAAUCACUUAUAUGGUCUUUAUGUCUCUUUACAUUUUCAUGUUUAUGUCCCCUCAGCUCAUUAUUAAUCUGUAUUAUUUAUGAACACUUUUUGAUUUUGUUCUGUGCCACCCCCAUAAUUUUAUUAUGGAUAAUUUUCAGACUUGGAGUUAAAAGAUUUUUCCUUUUCAGAAUAAAUGCGAAGAAAAAACUGUCUCUAAUGUUUGUUUUUCCCCUCAGCUCCACAUGAUUAUAAAAGACUGAGUAAAAGAUAAAGACGUGUGAAAUCCCCCUUUAAAACAAUAUGAGCUACAAGGCUAAUCAUUAAUUAAAUUUACGACUGUAUUUCGAAAGAUGACUUUAAUCUUUAAUCACCUAACACAAUGACUUUACAACAAGUUAGUUCACGUAAGACAAUGACUUAAAAACUGUAAAAAUCUCAACAAAAUCUGAGUUGUAAUCAUUUAGCAGGAUUUAAACCUGGACUGAGAAAGGUCUACUUUGGUGUUUUUAAACACAUUACGUUCAGCAGGAAGCAUGUUUGACCAACAGGAGAGUUAUCAUUAUCAACACCUUACCUGCGGUUGUUUCAGUGUAGAGAUAGAGCAGGACAAAGAGGAGCUUUAAAUCCAUCAUUUUCCGUCCCUGAAUUAACUUUUCAUCAGGACAAAGAAAACUGACUCUUCGAGGACGGUGAAGGAGAGAGAACUGAGCUGCUGAGUGCUACUGGAGCAGACUGGAUAGAGCAGCCGGAUCCCUAAAAAGGACGCAGCUGCUCACUGGGGUGGGACUGGGUUUUCCAGGAGGCCGCUUCCUGAACUUUCACUUUCUUUUUUACGCAGAUGUGAAAACUGAGAGUAAAAUAAAUAAAGGAAAAGGAUGGAUCAACCGUCGAACACUAUCGCUAAAAUUAGAAACACCAUCACUUUCGUCGGGUGAGGCAUUCGUGAACAAAAAAUUUGUUCAACAAAGUUUGUUGUUUAUCUCUGUAGUUGGAUUGUGGUUUUUGUCGCGUUUUUUGAGUCUCUCCGUAGAUGUUUUUUUCGUAUUGUUUGUGUUUGUGUCUCUAGUUGUUUUUUGUCGUAUUUUUAUGUGCUCCUCUGGAGUUAGUUUUUGUCGUAUUUGUUGUGUUUGUGGGUCUAGUGUUUUCAAUAAAUUUCUCUGUGAUUGUUUCUGCAGAAAACCUCAAUAAUCUAAAACAUCAGCAAAGACAGUUACUGAUAGAAAAUCAUAUUUUCAAAAUCUCACUGGGCUGACUCUAAUUUACAAUAAUCUAGUCACAGUUUUUCAAUGACCAAUACAAAUAAUGUGAGGUCAUCUGAAAGCAAACAUCUUCUUACGUUAUGUUUGCAUUUGACACAAAUUUUUAGUUUAUUAAUACUUAAAAAAAAAGGAGGAAAAUCCUGAAUUUGAUGAAUUAUUUGUGAUAUUGAAAGUAUUGUGAUAAAAAUGUAAAAGGAAAAAAAGGAGAGGGGGGCAAAUUCACAAAAAGGCAUUUUUCAAAUAAUCAAUUUUUAUUUUGAGUGAACUAAAUAGGGUUUCAUGUUUGGGUCUCUCUGAGUUAAACCAAACUGUCUUCACUGAAGAGCUGGGUGCAGGUUUUCUUACCUACCAGCAGAUGGCACUCUUGCUCUGAAAAUAAAUAUCUCCUUUUCUUAUCCUGAGAUUGAUAGAUUUAAGAAAGGGGAAGGACAAGGGCACAGCAGAUACUGCACUAAGAAUUAGGACUAGAUCCCCAAAAAGAGGACACUACUAUGUGGGGCGGGGUUGGGCACAUGGGUUUUUUCGGGUCAAGUAGAGUUUUUUUUUUAAGUGUGUCUAACUCAGUUCAAAGUAUAUUCUGAACCCCCCAAAAUUUAAAAAUAGAUAAAUAAAAAUUUUAAAAAAGGCAACAUUUUUAUCAUCUUUUUUUUCCACUUUUGGUCAUACAUGUUUUGUUUUUUGUUUUUGUCUGCUGGUGUAUGUUUCCUGUUGCUCGAGUCGGAGGACAUGUUGGUUUUUUUUAGAUUUGGCCUUUAGCUUUUUUGAAACCCACCUCAGAGGAAGUGUAUGUGGUCUACAAGGCAAAACGAAUCAAACCUUUUAGCAGUGAGCGCCUAUUAUGUAGAAACAGACAGCAGUGUCAUCAGCAAAGCAGAACAUCUUAUGGUGAGUUUUGGUGACACUGUAAACAUAAUGAGCGUUUUUACCAGGAAUGCUCUUCUUCAUUCUGAAAGUUAUUUUAAAAUACUUUCUUAAAUCUUAUAGUUUCACUUUAAACCAGAACAAACUGCAUUUUUUGGUUUCUUGCCUCUUUUGUAAGGAUGUGGUCGACUUCAAAUUAACUUGACUUCAACAAGAUGGAGAUCGCACUACUCUGCUUAAUGCUUAGUGAGUAAAGCUACUUUUUUAAGUCAUGUGCUUUCUCUUCUUGCUUUCACUCGUCUUUCCUGAAAGUCCUUGUUCAUUUAAAAGAUAUCGAGCUUACAAACAAGAUCUUUUAGCUUUCAUUGCACUCAGUCAAACUCAGAUCUCACCUGUUUUUCAUCAAAGCUAAAAGAAGUUUCUUUAUUAAUAACAAUCUUCAGUUUAAAAGUUAUAUGAGGUCACCUAAAUCUUUUGUUGUUCUCGCUUCAUGGUUCAACAGGAUGAACCUGUAAACAGUUUACUGGACUGGCAAUUUUCCUGAAUAGCCUGAUAUUAAGUGACUGAUCUUUUACAGAUCCAUAAAAACACAUAACCAUCUUGAUGAAGUUUUUUGUCCUCUUUAAUCCAGUCUUCAUCUCUAAUCUUCUCUCCUCCUUCUCUGAGAAACAUUUCUUCAUGUUCUACAUGUUUGACCUUCUUUUUAUUCAAGCUUUCUGUAUUCAAAUCUGGUCUCAUGUUAUUCCAAUGCAACCAAAUAUCAAAGCUUUGUUUCUGACCCUUUUGGUGCUCGACCAACAGAUAAUCCAAAGGUGUACCUGAAAAUGACAAUUAUUGAGUAAAAAUACCUCAUUAUCUUUAACUUCUACAAAAGGAUACCUUAAAACAUCCUUGAUGGACUCUAAGAAUAGCCUCCAAAGGUACCUACAACAACAGUUAAAGGGGUCCUGAAGAGACUCCUGACAGUACCUCAGAGCAGGGGUUACAAUUUGAGGGGCUAACACAUCAUCUUUGUAAGAUAUAUGAGUCCUAAGAUCAGCUUCGAUUACUGAAACACUAAAUGAAACAUUUUUUAGACUCCACUUCUCAAAUUGACACAGCUUGACUUUGUUUGUCAGGCUUAUCUGCAGCCACCCUGACGGUCACUCCCAACAGAUCCCAGUUCUUUUGGGGACAAGGUUUCUCCAUGAAGUGUCAGGUGUCGGCCAACUCCAGCAGCUGGACAGUGAAAAGAAACACCUCCUUCAGCACAUCCGAACCCUGUAAGAAUGGCUGGGGGGUACCUGGUACAGCCUCCUGUUCCACGAAGUAUCUGAGCUCAUCCGACACCGGAGUGUACUGGUGUGAGUCUGAGGAAGGGGGGUGCAGCAACAGCGUUAACAUCACAGUAACAGGUAACACCCAGAUUGCACAGAGUAAGUGUGUUGUGUGUCAUUGUUGGGGCAGAUUCCUUACCUACUGUUACCUCAGGAUCAGUCCACCACCUCUGUUCGGUGGCGGUUUCCCACUUCACUGACACCUCUCGAACUGUCCUCCUUAGUUUUUCGGAUCUGCCAGCCAGGUAAGGAAUGACUGAGCCUUGACACUUGUUGUCCUCUUAUUCUCUGCUGGUAGGCUGUCCCUUAAAGGGUCUUGAUGAAGGUCUGGUUUGGGUGUCGGUCAUCAUCUGCCAUCAUGUGUGGACUCUCUGAUGUUUUUAAUACUAAUUUUGAUUUUCAAAGUCUUUCCUUGUUCUCCAAGAUUCAAACAGGUUGAGUUUUGCUCAUCAGGGUCCUCAGGUAUCAACACUGUUUAUGCAAGAAAAACUUACGUAUGCCAGGAUCGGUACUUACGUUCAGAUGUAUCAACGCGGAAAGUUCGUUGAUUCUUGUGCUGUUUCACGCCAACUCCUGGAGUAGUUGGCGGAAAGCCUCUAACCGUCCAGGCUCUUGGAGACCGCGUGGCUGGCGGCGACAAUCCCCCCCCCACAGAGGUGCUGCCCAUGAUUGCCGCCACCCGCUGCUCAAAUUCCAUCAGGUGCCCCUCUGCCUGACCCCCACCUGUCUGGCCGGCACUCCUACGGAGGGCAGCCCUACGCCGCCUGACCUCCACCUUGAGGUCGGGCCGCUUUGUUUAAACCUCUGCUAGGGCGCGUUGCUCCGAACCCACCACAUUCACUCUGUUGCACACCUUACCCCACUCAUGUUUUUUUUUUUUUUGUACUAACACCACUAGACAGGCUGCCAAACAAAAUCUGCCAUCUCCUCCACCUCCUCAACCAGCACCUCCAGCUUGCAGCAGAGACCCUGUUUAAAUAAAUUUACGUAUUUAUCCACAUUUUGCCUGCGUGCGCAACUUUUGGGAUUCUUUCGUUGUUUUAGCCUGAGAUCCACGCAAUUAUUGAUACAUGAGGCCCCUUGUCUAUGUCUGUAUUUCAGAUGAUUCUGUGAUCUUGGAGAGUCCAGUCCAUCCUGUGACACAUGGAGAUAAAGUGACACUUCGCUGCUCCCACAAAACUAAAGGGCAAUAUAAGCCGGUAUCAAAUGCCAGUUUCUUCAAAAGCGAUGUCUUCAUUGGUACCGAGUCUUCAGGGGAGAAAGUCCUGUCAUCUGUGUCUCUGUCUGACGAAGGCUUCUACAGAUGUAAGCACCCUGAUGGGCAACAGUCCCCACAGAGCUGGCUGGCAGUGAAAGGUGAUGUGAGCUUCUGUUUUGGAGACCUAUGGGAUUGAACAUCAGCUCUCUGCAAAUAUCACUUUGUCGUCAUGUUAUUUAUUCACUAAAAUCCAAGAAAAAUAAUGUGUUGAUUUACUUCCUCACAGCCCGGCCUCUGGUCGUCCCCUCACCCACUCCUAGUCCCCUUUUCCACUCCAUGUCCCCGUCCAAACUGGUGUGCAUCAUCCUGCUGUUCACCUUCUACAUUUGUAUACUCUCAGUGUGUACAUACAAGUGCCGGCAGAGGGCACGACGUAGGAGCAGGUAAGAAAUAGUUGGUAUUGAGAUCAACCGUCUUAAUGAUAUCCCAUCUGUUUUUUUUCUUACAACAGAUAUUUGCAUGUAAGCUCAGCUAACAACAAAUCUGAGGAAAUGAGAAAAACUUAAAAAAGACGCAGUUUUAGUGACUGAAAGAAUGACUUUGGUCGUAUGAGAUAUCCUGUUUCGUGCUCAUAAACAAACCACAUUGCCCAGGUUGCCAUGGUGAUACACAGGCUGACGAAUCGAACAGCAGCAACAGAAAACAGGAAGUGAGGUUGAAGGUGCGAAGACAAAAAUAUUAACUGCUUUUGUCUCUCUUUGUUUCUCCUGCAGCUCGAGGUAAUCCUCAGUGGUCCCCGUCACCUGGAACGAUGACGCGGAGAAAGUCUUGAAGAAAAUCAAACCAGUGAGAGCGGGUAGAGGACAAACUCACCAUCUUUACUCAUCAAACUUUUUAAUGACUUCUUUCUGUCAUUAUCAUAAAAAAGUUAUUUUUCACAGUUUAAAAAAAAAAAGAAUCAACUUGUCAAUGAGCUUAAUGGCAUUUACAUGAUAUUACAUUUCUUAUGACUAUUACAGCAUUUCACUUGAACACAAAUACAUUAUUUACUGCUUUAGAUUUUUAUAAAGGAUGAUUCAUAUAUGUAAAAAACUUUUUAGAUAUUAGACCAAAUGUUGCCCAAAAAUCACUGUUAUGUCUGAUUGGAGAGCUUAGAAGACAAUAAUCAUCUAAGUUUGUAUAUUUUUUAUACUUUUUAAAUUCUCACACAAACUGCGUGGAACCUGACAGUCCGACUGAUUUUUACUCUAAAAUAAAAUAAAUAAAUAAAAGGUCUUAUUUCAUUUGUUAGUUACAUCUUUGCUGGAUUCUUCUUGUUUUUGAAUUUUUGUCAUCGUUAAACAUAUGAGUUCAUCUUGAAUCUAGUAAAAUAAUCGUUAGUUGCAGCCGUAGUGUUCAUAGAAUAAUUAGUGAAAAUCUGAAUUAUGUCCAUUUUCUGAACCCUUGUACUGUCUGGUGUUAAUCUACUCAGUUUGUACUGCAGAGAAGAACUUGUUUCUUUUUUUAUAUCAAUAUAGAAUCGUGAAGCUCUGAUGUAAACUUCGCUGAAAAAAUGAGCUUCUAUUAUUGGCUCUGAAAACCGUUACUUUGUUGGUUUGUAGUUUUAACUGAAGAGUAAACUGACCGGUCUCUGAGCUGUCAUAAUGAUGGGUUUAAAUAUUUAACAGAGAAGAUAUCCUGGGUCUAAUGUUCCUUUGUCUAACUUGAUCCGAUGCCCUCGGCCAACUCCCAUAGUUACUGUCCGCCGGAGUGUUGCGAUUCUCUGGACCUCUUCCUGUUGGUAGAAAAGACGAGAAGAAUUUCCAAUGAAGGACCUGAAAUCCAGCAGAUAUAACUUGGACUUGAUUCACUGACCAAGUCAGUUUUCUAGCUGAGGCUAAUACUCCAAUGAUAAAUAUUCUUUUAAUUACUUGUUGGAGUUGUGGUUGGUAUCGUGGUCUAUGGUGGUUAGAAAUGUAAAUCUGGCCCUGGGUCAGUUUGGUCAAAGGUGGCCAGUGAGACUUCAGGAGUGGCCUGAAGUCUGCUCAGACCCCCACUGCUCUGAAAGGGAAAAAUGGAGCAACAUCCUGUCCUACGCUCAGUUUGUCAUUUAACAGAAGUCUGCUCACCGUCUUCGUUUGUCCCUGGAGCUGAUUCUUCCAUUGGGCUUUCCUCGUAACCACGCUGAUCUGCUGAGUCUGGUGGUUGAUCUCUUUGGUUUUGUCCUGAGACAGAAAAAGGGGAUUUAGUUUAAGCAACAUUUGUCUGAAAUUAGACGACAAUGACAGGUGCAUUUUCAACACUCAAAGACUGUGUUUGUUCUUGAUUGGUUUGUUCAUAAAGCUAAAUUUUGACUAAUAGAUUGGAUUGCACGAAGGUCUUGAAAUCCAGCAGAUAUACAGUAACUUGGACUUGAUUCACUGACCAAGUCAGUUUUCUAGCUGAGGCUAAUACUCCAAUGAUAAACAUUCUUUUAAUUACUUGUUGGAGUUGUGGUUGGUAUCGUGGUCUAUGGUGGUUAGAAAUGUAAAACUGGCCCUGGGUCAGUUUGGUCAAAGGUGGCCAGUGAGACUUCAGGAGUGGCCUGAAGUCUGCUCAGACCCCCACUGCUCUGAAAGGGAAAAAUGGAGCAACAUCCUGUCCUACGCUCAGUUUGUCAUUUAACAGAAGUCUGCUCACCGUCUUCAUUUAGACUUUGAGCUGAUUCUUCCAUUGGGAUUUCCUCGGAACCACGCUGAUCUGCUGGGUCUGGUGGUUGAUCUCUUUGGUUUCGUCCUGAGACAGAAAAAGGAGAUUUAGUUUAAGCAACGUUUGUCUGAAAUGACUAAACUCAGACGACAAUGACAGGUGCAUUUUUAACACUCAAAGACUGUGUUUGUUCUUGAUUGGUUUAUUCAUAAAGUUAAAUUUUGAAGGAUCAAAAGUCUGAAACUUUUGAGUAAGAUGAUCCUGAUUCCAGCAGGAGUCCGGGUUACAGGAACUGAAUAUCCAAAAACGUCUCUUUCCCACUUGCUGUAUUGCUACAGUGACAGAGAAAAUCUUCUGCCCACAAAAGUUUGAACUAAUUUGCCAGAAUUUGAAACACUACCACUGAAUUUCACACAGCUGUGAGGAGCUGUCAGUCUGAGUUGAUUUUGGUGAAUCCCGGGUCUAAAGUAUGUCGUAAGAAGUCUGAUCUACGGCGCCGGUCAUCCAGACUCUGUUGUCUUUGAGACUCUGAACCAGGGUAAAAUUAAUGUCAACUGGAUUAACCUGUCUAGGACAGAAACAACUCUGACACAUUGCUGUCAAAGUCAAACUCUUGAAAGACUUUCCUUGAGAUGAUGCUGCUCAAAACAUCUGGGCUGUUUAAUUUACUGUGAGGGGAAGGGCUAAGUGCAACUAUGUGCCACAACAUGAGGCUGCGACUUAUCCAAACAAACUAACUUUGGUAAUAAUUAAUCAUGCCGUCUCCUUUACCUGUGCCUGUCUCAACUCGCUCUUAUAAAAACACCAAACUGUGAUAACAGUGACAGCUGUGAGUCACAUUGGAGUGUUUACAAGAAGAAAACAGUUUCACUCUCUAGAAACAGGCAAGUCUAAAACAUUUCACCCCGCUUUAAUGGAGGAAAGGCGUGGCCACAUGACAAGCACUUUGAUGCUGAUAAAUUAAUAUCCCUCGAUGUGCUUUUUGAGGUUGUUUUGUCAUAACUUAUACUUUUACAAGAGCAGUGAUUUAUGGUCCAAAGACAAAUACAGUCGAUCUGGAGCAAAGAAAACGGAACUUCUUGUCUUUCUGCCUAUGCCUCACUUCACCUUCGCACCUUUUUCUUUUUUGAGUUUAUUCGUUCUUUCAUACUUGAACUGUGAGGAGGUAGAGUGGGAGAAAAGGGCCAAAAGUUGGAAUCAAAACCAGGCCGCCGAAGUCCAGUUUACGUCCAGGUGCUCAACAAAGUUUUGCAGACGUGUUUGAAAAUGAUGAACUUUUUUGAUUUCAAAUCUAAAAAAAAAAUUGAGAUUGAAUAUGUUUGACUUACUGGAUUUUUUAUACUUGCAUACUAUAAUGGCAACAAUAACACCCACAACAGCAACAACAGCAACAACAGCAACAACAGCAACGAUGUAAAUCUGAAAGGCACAGAAGAAAGUUGUCAGUGUUUCUUCUUUAGAGGAUGUGGUCUUGACAGAGUCCCUCUAUGUUGCACACCAACUUCUCCUAUUGUCUUUUGGACUCUGAAAACUAUCUAUGAGGUGUAAAGGGGACGUAGAUAUAUAACAGAUUUAACACUUGGCACUCAUAAACCAUGUUCCCAUGGCAACUAUCUUCUUCAUCUCUCUCACUCAGGCGGUAAACUUGUGUGUCAUGAUGGCGUAUAAUGGCGGCUUUCCUGUGAUCAGUUCACAGCUCCUUGAUUGAGACGACUCCAGUCCAGUAAUUAUUAGUAAUUAUUAAACCAUGAUGCUGAUGUGAGGCUCAGACCCCAGCAGGUUCAUUAUUCCGUUUUUACCAGAUGCUCGACAGACUGCAAAGCCCUGUUUUAGGAUCUGCUGUGUUGGAACAGUGACUUUGAGGUCCAGACUCAGAGGAAGCCCAGACUGACGUUUGACUUUAAGAUCACUUGUUUGAAUCGUUUCAGGAUGUUGUGAAGACUGAACUUUGAUCAUCUUACCUUGGUCCAGUCUGGUUCCUCCUCCAGGGGUUCUUCUGGCUGAAGAAAUAGAAUAAAGUAUUUUAUUACAUGAUCAUGUUUGGACACAAAGAUUGAGCUUCUUCUUUCAUGACAGUUACAGUUCUGAUCGUAUUGGAAGUGUUUCCUCACCUUGACUCUGCUCUCAUCUACUUGGCCCUCAUCUGCUUCGCUCUCAUUCUUGGCUUGGCAUUCAUUCUUCACCUCUGUUAAAGUGCGUCAGACAGUGAGCAUGUGAGUGUGUCAACAGUUAUUCAACAGUGUUUAACUGGGAUGUACUUACCAAGGUUUACUUUGAUGACAGUUUUAAGAGGGACAUUUUUCCCUGUGACAUAGCAGGUAUAAGUGCCACUAUCCUGCUCGUUCACGUUUUUUAGCUCCAGUGAAAGGUUUCCUCGUUCAAUUUCAUGUUCAAACAGAUCUGUUCUGUCUUUGUAGCGUUUGUCCUGAUUCUCCAGAUAAGACUGGCUAUAUUUAAACUUAUGCACAAUCUUGUCACCGCGCUUCCACAUUACUUUUAGAUUGCUUCUGUCCAGCUCGUGUUUCAGGUCCACUGGUAAAAUGGCUGUUUCGUUGAUAUUGGCACAUACUGAAUGCUGUCCUGCAGAAAAAAGAAAUGUAAGCAUGAAGACUUCUUAAUGCAUUAGGAUGUAUUAAGAAGCAAAAUUUUAGAAAAACUUGUUUUUAUCCAACUUAAAGAAUUUUUAGAUAAUCAUAACAUUCUUGAAAAGUGUCGGUCUGAUUUUAGGGUGAACCACGGCACCGAGACCGCUUUGGUAAAGAUUUUAAAUGAUAUCAGAUUUAAUUUUGAUGCACAAAAGGUGACUUUGUUGGUUCUGCUGGAUCUGAGUGCUGCCUUCGAUACAGUAGACCACACUAUUCUUUUAAACCGCCUGAAACACCUUGGCCUCUCAGGUGCUGUUCACAGAUGGUUCACCUCCUACCUGACAGACAGGACAUUCAUGUUAAGUGUAGACACGUGCUCCUCCAAAGUCCAUAAAAUCACAUGUGGUGUACCCCAGGGUUCAAUUUUAGGCCCUGUGCUUUUUAACCUGUACAUGCUCUCUCUUGGUGGUGUAAUCAGGAGACACGGAAUCAACUUCCACAGCUAUGCUGAUGAUACACUGCUCUACAUCUCCGUGUCUCCUGAUGACACCAGGCCAAUGGAUGCUCUUUUUAACUGCAUUUCAGAUAUCAAAUCCUGGAUGGCAGAGAACUUUCUCCAGCUUAACCAGAACAAAACUGAGGUUUUAGUCAUCGGUCCUGAGGCCCAGAGAGAGAAACUUUUACCCAAACUACAAGCACUGUCUUUUAAUUCAUCACCACAAGUGAGAAACCUGGGUGUCAUUUUUGACUCUGAGCUGACUUUUAGUCCGCACAUUAAGAACAUGACAAAAAUAGGAUUUUAUCACCUAGAGAACACCAUUCUCUCUCGGGCCAACACAGAGAUGCUAAUGCAUGCUUUUAUCACCAAGAAUAUUUCGGGUCUACGGUUAUUACAAAAUUCAGCAGCACGUGUCCUGACUAAGACCAGGAGGCGGGCCCACAUUACACCGGUUUUAGAAUCAUGGCAUUGGUGUGUUUUAGGAUCAAUUUUAAAGUUCUUUUACUUGUUUUUAAAUGUCUUGAUGAUCUUGGGCCUUCUUAUCUUUCAGAACUGCUGAUUACCGAUUCAUCAGCCGAUUUUUAAAAGUUUUUAUUAAGUUAUAAAAAAUAUAUAUAUACUGUAUACUAUAUACUGUAAAUACACUGUAGGCUACUGCUCUUCAUGCCGACAGGAAGAGCAACUGAUCAAACUCUGACCAGAAAAGUGUUUUUAAUAGCAGGUGGCUAAUUCUAACUUUAGCUUGCAUAUUACAUGGUGCCUCAGCGUUAACUCGGCGUGACCGAGACCAGCAAAGCGGCAAACAUGGUGAAGUGGGUUGAACUGAAACUUGUUGACUUAUUGAGUAAGUAUCGGUAAGUACUUACCGUUGAGGCGGACCGAUAAAUCGGUCGGGCCCUUAUUAAGACAUCAUGUCGCUUUAUCUUUAAAAUUCUUUAAAAUCUUAAAAAAUUCAACCACGUUUCUGUUAAAUCUAAAAUAUACACACAAGGAUCAUGCUGAAUUAUUCGAGAGAAUAUUUUGUCUUUUUACUGACAUGAGAUUAAAAAAAAAACCUAUCCGGGAAAUUUUUACAGCAGACAGUUUUGUUAAAUCAACACUGAUGACAAACAAUGGGGCUGAGUACGAAGUCAGGUGCACGUAAAAAGACUUAAGUUUGAGUAGUCUGGCUGAACUGUGUCGUUUUAGUUCAAUGAGUCUUAAAUAUGAAAAAAGCUUUAACGACUGGUGGACAAUAUUCAGCUGUUUCACAGUAAUCACAUUUCUUUGGUAAGAAAUUAUAAAUACACAUAAAAAUUAAGAGUAGUGCACAAAUACAAGAGCAAUAAUAAAAAAAAGAAAACCAACUCUAUGGUCUUUAUGUCUCUUUACAUUUUCAUGUUUAUGUCUCCAAAAUUAAGCUCGUUAUUAAUCCGUAUUAUUUAUGAACACUUUCGGAUUCUGUUCUGUGCCACCUCCAUAACAUGAUUAUAAAAGACAGUAAAAGAAACAGACGUGUGAAAUCCCCCUUUAAAACAAUAUAAGCUACGAGGCGAAUCAUUGACUAAAUUUACAACUGUAGUUUCGAAACAUGACUUUAAUCUUUAAUCACCUCACACAACGACUUUACAAGUUAGUUCACGUAAGACAAUGACUUCAAAACUGUAAAAAUUUCAACAAAAUCUGAGUCGUAAUCAUUUAGCAGGAUUUAAACCUGGACUGAGAAAGGUCUACUUUGGUGUUUUUUAAAGUUUGAUUACGUUCAUGGAUCGAUGGUGAGAAAAAUGUUUUUUUUCCGGGUAGUUUGAGUUUGGGACUAUAAUCCGCUCUUCUUGGACGACAUUUACACCAGGAAGUGUGUUUGACCAAGAGGGGAGUUAUCAUUAUCAACACCUUACCUGCGGUUGUUUCAGCGUAGAGAUAGAGUAGAACAAAGAGGAGCUUUAAAUCCAUAAUUUUCCGUCCCUGAACGAACUUUUCAUCGUGACAAAGAAAACGGACUCUUCUGUGAGGAAGAUGAAGGAGAGAGAUCCUGAGAACUGAGCUGCUGAGUCCUGCUAGAGCAGACUGGAUAAAGGAGACAUUCCUUUAAACAAGACUCAGCAGCUCACAGGGGUGGGAACUAAAGUAGCCUGGAUUUUUCCACGAGGUCGCCUCCUUUACUUUCAUUUUUCCUGUCAGUUUUAUCUGGAAACUGACAGGAAAAUGGCGGAUAAAGUGGAUUGAUGUGUACGUCUUCUAGAGGUGAUUUUUAUAUUAAAGUUCAGGGUCUAGUGUUUAAAUAUCUCUGUUCUAGUUUCUGCAAGAAACUUCAAUAAUCUAAAUCAUCAGCAAAGACACAGUUUAGAUUUCCUUCCUCCACAUUUUAACUGUAUUUUAGAAACACGACUUUAAUCUGAAAGAAAAAUCAUAUUUCCAAAAUCACACGGGCAGACUCUUUACUGUUAUUUACAAUUAUCUGAGUCGUACAGUUUUUCAGUGAUCAAUACAGAUCACGUGAGGUCAGCUGAAAGCCAACAUCCUCUUACAUUUUUUUUUUGCAUUAGACAGAAAUUUUAAGUUCAAAAACUCUUAAAAAAUGAGGAAAAAUGCUUAUUUCAAGACUAUUUAAAUCAGAUCAAUACAGACUGAAAACUUGUAUAAAAAUAUUACCCUAAGAGACUUCUUGGAAAAAAAAGAGGUUCUUCUUCCUGAUUCACUUGAACCUAUCAUCCUUCAAUUUCACAUCGGUUAGAGUUCCUAAAAAGGGUUUCAUGUUGAGUUAAACCAAACUGUCUUCACUGAAGAGCUGGCUGCAGGUUUUCUUACCUACCAGCAGAUGGCAGUCUUGCUCUGAAAAUAUCUCCUUUUCUUAUCCCAAGACUGAUAGAUUUAAAGGUGGGGUUGGCAGGAAUCUGUUCAAGAAGCAUCUUAUUUUGUGGUGAACGAUUAUGUCACUAUUCUGCUCCAUUACUGUAACAAGCCUCAAGUUAAGGUUGAUGAAAAUUGGAGUUGAAUUAACUUGGAUUUUUACAAUCUGGAUUAUCAAGCAUCCUUUUAGCAGACUGUCCUCUGAUUUACUGACCAAAUGGAUUUACAGCAUACUGCAUAUUACAAAUGUCUUCAUGCUGCCACCUGCAGGUUUGUUGGUUUGUAAUGCAAGCUUCUUUAGUGGCUUCAUCUAAAGUGUUGAAGAGGAGGGAAUGCACAUGUGCAACAACAAAACUGUGAGAAUCAAGAAGGCCUGAGGGGUGACAUAGCACCCUGGAUUGGAAGUAAGCACACACUCAGUAAUUUUAGACAUGAAGAACUUAUUUUUGGAAUGCACCCGAACACAAACUUUACAAUCCCAACAAAAAGAUCAUAUUUAUUUCAGACAGAGUAUCAGCCUUCAUCCCCAUGUAAAGAAAGUGUCUACAACCAACCAAACACCCACUAUUUCAGCUUAAAUCUUCGGUCAUACAUGUUUUGUUUUUAAGUCUGCUGGUGUACGUUUCCUGUUGUUUGAGCCGGAGGACAUGUUGGUUUAUUGGAUCUAGGUUUUGUUUUGUUAGAAGUUGUGGCCUCUCGCUUCUUUGAAAUCACCUAUAGAAAACCGCCUCAGAGGAAGUGUGUGCGCUCUGUGGUCUACAGCAUAGAUGAAGCUUUUUUUUAUUGUUGUUUCAGAUCUAAUUUUCCCACACAGUCAAAACGAAAUCAAACCUUUUAGCAGUGAGCACGUAUGAUUUAGACACAGACAGCAGGAAGUCAUCAGCAAAGCAGAACAUCUUAUGGUGAGUUUUGGUGACACCGUAAACGUAAUGAGCGUUUGUACCAGGAAUGCUCUUCUUCAUUUUGAGAAUUAUUUUAAAAAUACUUCCUUAAAUCUGAUAGUUUUGCUUUAAACCUGCCUUUUUCGGUUUCUUGCUUCUUUUGUAAGGAUGUGGUCAACUUCAACAGGAUGGAGAUCGCACCACUCUGCUUAAUGCUUAGUGAGUAAAGCUACUUUUUUAAGUCAUGUCCUUUCUCUUCUUUUUCAACUCGCUCGUCUUUCCUUUAAGUCCUUGUUCAUUUAAAAGAUCAACAGGACGAACCUGUGAACAGUUUACUGGACUGACGAUUUUCCUGAAUAGCCUGAUAUUAAGUGACCGUUCUUUUACAGAUCCAUAAAAACACAUAACCAUCGUGAUGAAGUUUUUUGUCCUCUUUAAUCCAGUCUUCAUCUCUAAUCUUCUCUCCUCCUUUUCUGAGAAUCAUUUCUUCAUCUUCUACAUGUUUCACCUUCUUUUCAUUCAAGCUUUCUGUAUUCAAAUCUGGUCUCAUGUUAUUACAAUGCAACCAAAUAUCAAAGCUUUGUAUCCCUGAGGGUCUCGAUAAGAUAAGAUUUCAGAUUGACUGUGAUGUAAACCAGUUUAGACUCUUGGUACAGCUGAUCAGGUUGAACAAAACAUUUGGAAUUCUGGGAUUUCCUAGAAAAAAAGACGAGGUCCAUGUUGGAAGGAGGUUGGACUGAGACACAGACAUUUCACCCAGCAAACUGAGUUUUCAAUUCUCUGUAAAACCUAAUUUGACACUUCUGAUGUGAACUAUCUCAGUCGUAAUGCUGCUUAAUCUACCUAAAAUUUUGUCAUGUCACAAACCUUAAAACAUGUCGGAAAGAAAGAAAAGAGUAUAUGCUGAGAGGAACCUUAAGUCUGUUGUAAAAUCUGGAAACUUUCAUGAUUUUCUGCAGCCACCCUGACGGUCACUCCCAACAGAUCCCAGUUCUUCCAGAACGAAGGUUUCUCCGUGAAGUGUCAGGUGUCGGCCAACUCCAGCAGCUGGACAGUGAAAAGAAACACCUCCUUCAGUAAAUCGGAACCCUGUAAGAAUGGUUGGGGGGUACCUGGUACAGCCUCCUGUUCCACUAUGUAUCCGGACUCAUCCGACACCGGAGUGUACUGGUGUGAGUCUGAGGAAGGGGGGUGCAGCAACAGCGUUAACAUCACAGUAACAGGUAACACCCAGAUUGCACAGAGUAAGUGUGUUGUGUGUCAUUGUUGGGGCAGAUUCCUUACCUACUGUUACCUCGGGAUCAGUCAGAGACAUCCUGAAACGAGCCUUUUGCUUGGAUCAGUUGUGAGUAUGGACAUGCUAAUGGACCAGGUCACCUGGUCACCUGAAGGUAGUUGGCUGAGUCCUAGUCCUAGUUUCCUGUGGGAGUGGGUCCCAUGAACUGAAGUCACAUGAUCCUGGGUGGAACACAGGAAUUUAAAAGUACACUACAUGUUGGUGAUAAGAUGUGUAAUAGUCCACCACCUCUGUUCGGUGGCGGUUUUCCACUUCAGGAUUGUAUUCCAUGAUUCAAACAGGUAGAGUUUUGCUCAUCAGGUCUAUGUCUGUAUUUCAGAUGGUUUUGUGAUCUUGGAGAGUCCAGUCCAUCCUGUGACGGAAGGAGAUAAAGUGACACUUCGCUGCUCCUACAAAACUGAAGAACAAUAUGAGUCUGUAUCAAAAUUUUCUGCUGAUUUCUUCAAAAACGGUGUCUUCAUUGGUACCAAGUCUUCAGGGGAGAAAGUCCUGUCAUCUGUGUCCCUGUCUGAUGAAGGCUUCUACAGAUGUAAGCACCCCUCCGGACAACGGUCCCCACAGAGUUGGCUGGCAGUGAAAGGUGAUGUGAGCUUCUGUUUUGGAGAUCUAUGGGAUUGAACAUCAGGGACAUCAUGUAUCAAUACUUGUGUUGAUCUCAUACUAAAAAACAGCGGUCGCAAGAAUCCCGAAAGUUGCGCACGCAGGAAAAAAAUCCGGAUGCAUCAAUCUGUGAGAGCGCCGGAAUCCACGCACGUUUCUUUGAUAAAUCACAAUCAGCGUGGAAUUGAGCGCAGAUGUCAGAAUGACUAGGCCCUCCCCCGUUAAUGUUUUUUUUUUUUUUUCUGAAAAAUGUUCUGGAACAUUUAACAGAAAAAAAAAAUUUAAUCUUGCACAUUCAGCACAAUCGUGAAGGCUCUUUUACAGCCGCUUAAGUAAUGCCAACAGGUGUUUGUGUUUGUGUUGACGGCUUUUUGUGCCCGAUGUAUGUGCGGUUGUCAAAUAAUUUCAGUCACCAAACACCGCCACACAGUGUUGCCAACGAACCAAAGUGCAGUCAACGCAAGAAUCGGCUUUCCACCAACUUCUACGGCACCUUUGGAGUUGGCGUGAAACAGCGGACGAUUCGACAAAGUCUGAUACAUCUGAACGUGAGCACUGAUCCUGCCGUACGUGAGUUUUUCUUGUGUAAACAGCGUUGAUACAUGAGGCCCCAGCUCUCUGCAAACAUCACUUUCUGUUGAUCCUCUGUGUCAUCAUGUUAUUUAUUCACUACAAUCCAAGUAAAACAAUGUGUUGAUGUACUCCCUCACAGCCCGGCCUCUGGUCGUACCCACUCCUGAGCCCUCUGAUCCCUUCAUGACCCUGCCCAAACUGGUGUGCACCAUCCUGCUGUUCACCCUCUACACUUGUAUACUCUCACUGUGUAUAUAUUUAUACCGGCAGAGGGCGCGACGUAAGAGCAGGUAGGAAAUAGUCGGUAUUGAGAGCAAAAGCAGGCAGAACUCCAUCUGUCAUAAUGAUAUCCCAGCUGCCAUCUUUUAUUUUCUUACAACAGAUAUUUUCAUGUAAGCACAGCUAACAACAAAUCUGCUUUACACUUAGUGGGAAAAAUCUAGAAGAGUUUUAAUUAAUGUACAGUAGACGAGAAUAGCCAUGGAUUUUUCUUUUUUCUUACGCACUGUUAUCUCGUGAAAACGACUUAUUAUCUCGUUAUCUUGGUAUAAGAAAGAUUGAAUUCUCAUGAUAACGGAAAUGGCAUUUUAGCUGAUCUCAAGCGGUAACUUUUAAAAACGCCCUCCAGAUUAGGAUAUUUCUUAAACUCUGCAGCCACCGUUGUAAACAGAAAGUCGGGGUAGCGCCAUUUCUGUUAUCCCGUGAAUCAAUCAUGGGAAAAUGAACUUUGUCAUAUCGCGAUAACGAGAGAAUAAGUUGUUAUCACGAGGUAACAGUUCCCUGAAUAUCAGCCCUCAUUUAGCCCGCAGGAAAACCCCCAUUAACAGCCCUGACAAGGCCCCCACCAUGCCCACACUGGUUUACGCCAUUUCUGUUCACUUGAGGAAAAAUAAAAAACAAUGAUAUUCAUGUAAUAUGUAUAUAGUCAAUGCAUAACUGAAAACUGAAUGAUCCAUAAGCUUCCCAUCCAGCAUCAAUUUCCACCACUCGCCCCAAGAAGACACAAAGUAGCCUCACCUCCAGUCACUUGUCUUGUCCGUUCAACAAAAUGUCUUGUACUCCUUUCCCGAUGAUUUCAUCUGGAAAUGUAUAAAAAUAAAAAUAAAUUAAUUGUAUGUAUGCAGAAAAAAUAUAUGCAUUUUCCCUUGAGGGAUGAUUUAAAAAAUGAUUUAAAUUUUUUUUUUUAAUUUAAAAAAGUUAAAAAAUAAUUUUAAUUUAAAUGGUAAAUUUACCCCUGCGGCCAGGACAAACAACGCCCCUUCCGGGAUUCGCCUCUUUUCGCUCAAACACGUGACGUCCCGGCUAAUACAAGACGGUUGGCAACCCCAGUUAUGGUAUGAAUCAUUUCUUUGGCUGUAAAAAUGACUUAAACACGGUGAAAUCUCAGUAGAUUAAGCACAAAAUGGUAUAAACAUUUGUUGUCCAACCAACCGUUCUUAGUUUGCAAGUCUGGUUUAUUCGAGGGAAAGCUCUUGUACAUCUGCUAGCUAGCAUGAGUCAUCUUAAAUUAUUAUUAGCUAAAAGCCAAUGUAACGUCAUGUCUUAGCUCGACGGAAAGUAUUCCCUAUACAUGCUAAAUUUACGCAGCACGACCCAAACACAUCACCACACGUACACUUACAAGUAUUUGCUGGUAAACGUUUAUUAUUAAUCAUUAAAAAGUCACCUUUGCCGAUCUUGUCUGAGGUGACGCAGCAACUUCUGGGAAUCUUCAGCCGCGGGAAGCGAUUUUGGAUUCUGGACGCUAUGAUUCUGUUGACCAAUCAGGGACUCAGGAAACGCUCACAUGGGUUAGCGCUCCAAUCACGAUGCACAAACGAACUACAAAAUUACGUCAUAAAGCACAAGCCUUUUCUGGGAAAUGAAGUUGUAGUUGCAGAUUCGUCCUGGACUUCGUUUCACACCAAUUAUUCACACCACUAUUAAACUAUUAUUAUUAUCAUCGAUAUCUAUCGUAAUCUUUAGAAGACUGGUAACUGUAUACUGGCAGGGGGCAGUCCUGAGACUGAUAUUUAAUACGCCAUGGCUCAUGGUCAAACUUAUGUUCCAUAUUUGGGAAUUUCAGUAAUUGGGUCUCAGUGAUUCCAUCUAACAAAAGGGUCGUUUAGCUGCAAAGGUGAAUGAGAAUGUAUUCCGAGAAAAGUAUGUUCUCUUGAGGACAGGAGGAGACAGAAAGUUCUAGCUUUAAACAAGUCUUGUGUUUAUAAAAAUAGCUCCAAUGGUUGUGGUUUCCAUAUUGUGAACAGGUAGAGAGAGUGAAAACAUGAUGUACAUUAGUAAUUAAUGAAGGGCAUGUAGUGAGACAAUAUUUUGAUACAAAGGUGCCUAACUUUGAUCGGGGGUGUGAUGUGAGGAUCAAGAGUUUCCAUCAAUUAUGCUUGGUGAGUGUUAUAAUUAUUAAUAAUUUAGUUGUUAUUGUUAGUAUAGGACACUAAAAACACCCUCAACUGAUGAAAAGCUUUAUUUGUGCAGUUCUGCCAUCCUUAGUGCUCAUAUAUAUAUAUAUAUAUAUAUAUAUAUAUAUAUAUAUAUAUAUAAACUUAAGGACUUAAGGAGUCACCAAUAUUAUCUUUUACACAUUUUUUACACAGCCCGCACAGGCCCCUCAGAGGCUUGUUUGCAGGGGAGGUUGAAGGUGCGAAGACAAAAAUAUUAACUGCUUUUGUCUCUCUUUGUUUCUCCUGCAGCUCGAGGUAA